GGAAACUUCAUUUCCUCUGAAGAGAAAUCUGGAUGAGUGGGGGCUCUUAUAUACCUUUUGUUCCAAAUCAAAAUGAUGAAAGAUGAAGAAAGAAGAGCUCAGAAUUACACAGGAGACAAAAUUUGGACCUGUGUUAAGAUGCUCUGAAGAAUGACAGUGACCCUUAGGGAUGUCCACUGCAACACUAUGGCUAAUCCCAGGCCAUCAAUCAUCAGAAUAUUUCAUUUUGUCCACAUCUUUAUGCUGAUCCUUGGGAGUGGAAUCCCAUACUCUUUGGAAAAUGAAUUUGUGGGCAAUUAUUCAAACAGCUUUCUCAGUCAUGUUCCAAGACUCCUAUCAUCAAAAACAACAGUCUUAGAUCUUUCCCUAAAUAAUAUAACUGGGCUUCAGAUUAAGGACUUCAAAUCUCUACCAAAGCUGAGAGUUUUAAAACUUUCUCAUAAUGAGAUCCAGUAUCUUGAUAUCAGUGUUUUCAAAUUCAACCAGAAUCUGGAAUACUUGGAUUUGUCCCACAACAAGUUAUGGAAGAUUUCUUGCCAUCCUCUCAUGAAUCUCACAUAUUUAGACCUCUCGUUCAAUGAAUUUGAAGCCCUCCCCAUCUGUGAGGAAUUUGCCAACAUGUCUCAACUAGAUUUCCUGGGACUGAGUGCUACAAGAAUACAAAAAUCUGACUUACUACCAAUUUGCCAUUUGAAUCUAAGUCAUAUCCUGCUAGACCUACAAAGAUUUCAUGAAAAAAAAGAGAAAUUGGAGAGCCUUCCAGUUUUGAGCACAAAGAUAUUGCAAAUUAUCUUCCCUCCAAAUAGAGCAUUCUCUGUUCAAUUAGAUAUGUCAGUGAACAAUGUAAGAGAAUUAGGACUAACUAAUAUUAAUUUAGAUGAUGAUAAAUGUUCAAUUUUCAUUGAUUUUUUAUCAAAAGUCAUGAAUAAUUUAAGAUUUCUGAACCUUACACUCCACAAUGUUGAAAUUACUUGGAAAUGCUUUGUGGGAAUUCUUCAAUUUCUUUGGCACAAACCCUUGGAAUAUCUCUUUAUCUACAACUUAACAUUGGUGGAAAAAAUUAAUGAAGAACCAUUUAUAUAUUAUGAAACUUCUCUGAAAGGACUAAAAAUAGAACUUCUUACCAACAAAGUUUAUUUAUUUUUACAAACAUAUUUGUAUCAAAUCUUUUCAGAAAUGAACAUAAAAAUGUUAACAAUGUCAGAUACUGCUUUGUUAUAUAUGCUUUGUCCUUCUAAGCCUAGUCCAUUUCAGUAUUUGGACUUUACUAACAAUCUUUUCACAGACAACAUUUUCCAAGGUUGUAGAAACUUAAGCCUCUUACAAACACUUAUUUUACAAAAGAACAAAUUGAAACACCUUUCCAAUAUAGUUCACAUGACAGAGACAAUGAUGUCACUGAAACAUCUGGAUUUAAGCCAGAAUUCCAUCAGUUAUAAUGCAGAUAAUAGCAACUGCCAUUGGGCUGAAAGUCUACUGGUCCUAAAUUUGUCUUCCAAUGAGCUCACAGACUCAGUCUUCAGAUGUUUACCUCCCAGUAUCACAGUGCUUGAUCUCCACAGAAACAAAAUCAGGAGCAUCCCUAAAGAGAUGUCUAGUCUGGAAACUUUGCAAGAACUAAAUAUUGCUUUUAAUUCUUUAUCCGAUCUUCCAGGGUGCGAUACCUUUAGUAGCCUUUCUAGAUUGGUCAUCCGAUAUAAUUCAGUUUCCCGCCCAUCGGCUCACUUCUUCAACAGCUGCCAGAAUAUUAAAUCACUACACGCAGGAGACAACCCAUUCCUGUGUACCUGUGAGCUAAGAGAAUUUAGCAAAAAUAUGGCCACAUUAUCGAAGAGAGUGGUAAGUGGAUGGCCAUCCUCGUAUAAGUGUGCCUUUCCAGAUAGCUAUAAGGGGACACAGUUAAAGGACUUUCACUUGUCUCCCUUAUCAUGUAAUUUAGUUCUGUUGAUUAUCACUAUCAGCAUCACUGGGUUAGUUCUAAUGAUUGUUACAAUCUUUUUGUGCAUCCAUUUUGACUUGCCAUGGUAUCUGAGGAUGAUAUUUCAGUGGACUCAGACACGACGAAGAACUAGGAACAUUAGCAUAGACAAACUUGAAAGAACAUUCCAGUUUCAUGCUUUUAUUUCAUACAGUGAACUGGACUCUGGCUGGGUGAAGUAUGAGCUGCUUCCAAAACUAGAGGACGAAGACAUAAGGAUUUGCCUUCAUGAGAGAAACUUUGUCCCUGGAAAGAGUAUUGUGGAAAACAUUAUAAACUGUAUAGAGAAAAGUCACAAGUCCAUCUUUAUUUUGUCCCCCAACUUCAUUCAGAGUGAAUGGUGCCAUUAUGAGCUUUAUUUUGCUCAUCACAAACUUUUUCAUGAAGGUUCUGAUAACUUAAUCCUCAUUUUACUGGAGCCAAUCUCACAGUACACCAUUCCUGCCAAGUAUCACAAGCUGAAAGCUCUCAUGGCCCAGAGAACCUAUUUGGAAUGGCCCACAGAGAAGAGUAAGCAGGUGCUUUUUUGGGCUAACAUCAGAGCAGCAUUUAACAUGAAAUUAGCAUUAGUUGAAGAAGAUAAUGACACUGAGAUAAGAUAAUUUAAAAUUUUUAUUAUUUUAAAUCAUUAUAAAUCAAAUCUAUUUUGUAUCUACUGUGGUAAAAAUUAUUUGUGGUAAAAAUUUUAACACGCCAUAUAUUAGAUUUGGCCCUCACACUAUUUAAUUGUGUUACUCACUUGGUGUUUGGGGGUCUAUAGUAAUAUUAUAGUUGAUUUUAUAUUGUUUAUUUGGUUUAAUGAGAUUGGACUGGACCUCGGAUUUCAGAGAACUCCAUCUACGAGUUAGCUGGGGGCACUUAGAAACUAAGCAAAUGACUCAUGGUCACACCCUAUUUGUCAGAGUUGGGACUUGAAGCUAAGUCCUCCUGUCUCUGAAGCUCUCUAUCUACUACAUAAUGUUCCCCCUGAAAUUUCAUUUAAUACUUUAAAAAGUCUGUGGGUUUGAUGGUGUGAGUACUAUGUCUUCUGGUAUAGAUUCUAACUCUACCUUACUUUUUUUUUUUUUUUGUGGGGCA